CAGUCUUCUCCUGGAGUUGGAAAGUGUCAUGUUCAACCCUCAUACAGACCAGUGAAGAACAUGCUAAUUACUGCUAGUCACUUUUUUGCAGAUAGGUGUUACAGUAGAUGACAUCUUAGUUGUAAACUUGACUUUUCACAGGCUAAAACCAUAGCACGUUUGUAGAGGCAGUAGAGGAUGUCUUUUCGUGGCAGAGGAGGUGGAGGAGGAAGAGGAGGUGGUGGCUUCAACCGUGGAGGAGGUGGCGGUGACAGAGGUGGCUUUAAUCGCGGCGGACGAGGUGGCUUUGGACGGGGAGGUGGAAGAGGAGGCUUCAACAGAGGCGGAUAUGACCAGGGCCCUCCAGAAAGGGUAGUUUUGUUGGGAGAGUUCAUGCAUCCCUGUGAAGAUGACAUUGUUUGUAAAUGCAAAACAGAAGAAAACAAGGUGCCUUAUUUCAAUGCACCAGUGUACUUGGAUAAUAAAGAACAGAUUGGCAAAGUGGAUGAAAUCUUUGGACAGCUGAGAGAUUUUUAUUUUUCAGUGAAACUGUCUGAGAACAUGAAAGCCUCUUCAUUUAAAAAAAUGCAAAAGUUUUACAUUGAUCCAGCAAAGCUACUACCUCUUCAGAGAUUUUUGCCAAGGCCCCCUGGAGAAAAAGGUGCUCCCAGAGGAGGUGGUAGAGGAGGACGUGGUGGUGGACGUGGGGCAGGAAGAGGUGGUGGUAGAGGAGGAUUUGGAGGAGGAAGAGGUGGAGGAAGAGGAGGAGGAGGAUUCAGAGGAGGCAGAGGUGGAGGAGGAGGAUUCAGAGGAGGAAGAGGUGGUGGAGGAGGCUUUCGGGGAAGAGGACAUUAAAAAUGGAGCCAUGAAUAUCUCCCCGCUGUCUUACCAUGUCAUCUACAGAAGGGAAGAACCAGCAAAAAUUUUUGUAAAGGACCCUGAAAAAGUGGUUUUUAUAAAGAACUUGAGGCUGUAAGAUGAUGAUUAUUUUUAAAGCUAGUGACUGUUGAUCAACACAUGAGGAGUGUAGCCCCAGGCAAGGAGCUGAAGACCACUCAGAAUAUAUGGACACUUUUCUAACUAAGCCAGGAUUCAAUGUUAUUUUUAAACUGUUUGUUUCUGACAAGCAGCAGUCAACGCUUGACUUCGUGAUGGAUUUUGGAAUAAACAGUCAAUUGAAAUAGGUUCUCGGAAGACCCUCCAGGUUCACUACCUGCACAUUCAUCAGUGUGAACCUGUUACCUGUGCGUGACUGAUCCCUGGUUCUCAUCCUCCUUUUAUAUAGAAUCUUCUGGGUUGCUUUGAAAUGGACAUGCUGUUUAAACAGCCUUUGUGAACCUUUUUUUAUAAACUAAACUUAAAUAUUUGAUGUUGAUAGAUUUUUUUUUUAAAUACAUAACAACGUAUAAAAGAAAAGGAAGAUAGCAAAGUAUAUUUUGUGAUUUUUUUCUGUAUAAAUCUCAAUGAAAGCCUAAAGCAUUAAGAUAUGUGCUUCUUAGCAGCUGCUGUCUAAUGAAUAAGACAAGCUAGUACUAUACUUGAGUCACCUAAUUGUAUAUUAAAAAGCUAAGGGUUUUUAACUGUCGCUGCAUACUCCCUUAGCUUUUUUUUUUUGAGGUUUUGAUAUCCUGGCAUUGAGGUUUUGAUAUCCUCUGUGGUGCUCUGAGCUUGUGUAGGGCUAAGAUUAAAUAACCCAUCAUUGGGCUCCUCUGCACACAGUGCUUUUGGUUAUGUAUUGCUUAAAAAAGGCAUGGAAAAAUCAGCAUGAGUCUUUGGACUCUUUAAAUGGAUGCAUUCGGAUUUUUGGAAAGCUAGUGACUGUCUCUCCUUAUGGACAGAGGAGACCAGGGUACCUCUCUACUCUUGAACUUUGGAAAUAAAGUAAGGGGUAAAAAGUAGAAUCUCUCUGGACUUCAUCUGAAGCCAGGAGUAUCUUCAUAGACUCUCCUACCCAGCACUUCUGAAAAGGGAUCUAUAGAAUAAUGUAUGUGCAAGUAUUUUGAACAUCUUGUUCCAUAUGAAAAGAAAUGCAUUUCAGAAUUGAUUGUACUGUUA